AUGACAGUUAGCUCUGAAACUGCCGCUGAAAUUUCGUUAGGUUGGUCGGUCCAAGACUGGAUUGACUUCCACAAGUCAUCGAGCCCUCAGGCUUCAUUAAGACUUCUUGAAUCACUAUUAGACUCUCAAAAUGUUUCGCCAAUCGAUAAUGCAUGGAUAUCGCUGGCCUCAAAGGAAAAUUUAUUGCACCAAUUCAGAAUUUUAAAGAGCAGAAAGAAUAAAGAAACUUUACCUCUCUACGGUGUUCCCAUUGCAGUUAAAGACAACAUCGACGUUAGAGGUCUACCAACGACUGCUGCAUGCCCAUCUUUUGCAUAUGAGCCCUCCAGAGACUCUAAAGUAGUAGAAUUACUAAGAAAUGCAGGUGCGUUAAUCCUGGGUAAGACGAACCUGGACCAAUUUGCCACAGGAUUAGUUGGCACACGGUCUCCAUACGGGAAGACACCCUGCGCUUUUAGCAGUGAGCAUGUAUCUGGUGGUUCCUCUGCUGGGUCAGCAUCAGUGGUUGCUAGAGGUAUUGUGCCAAUUGCAUUGGGUACCGAUACAGCUGGUUCUGGCAGAGUCCCAGCCGCUUUGAACAACCUGAUCGGUCUAAAGCCGACAAAGGGUGUCUUUUCCUGCCAAGGUGUAGUUCCUGCUUGUAAAUCUUUAGACUGCGUUUCCAUCUUUGCAUUGAACCUAAGUGAUGCUGAGCGCUGCUUCAGCAUUAUGUGCCAGCCAGACCCUGAAAAUGAUGAAUAUUCUAGACCGUAUGUUCCCAACCCUUUGAAAAAAUUUCCAAGCAAUGUAACGAUUGCUAUUCCUAAAAACAUCCCGUGGUAUGGGGAAACCGAGAAUCCUGUGUUGUUUUCUAAUGCUGUCGAGCACCUAUCCAAAACGGGUGCUAACGUCAUAGAAAUUGAUUUCGAACCUCUUUUAGAGUUGGCUCGUUGCUUAUACGAAGGUACUUGGGUGGCGGAGCGUUAUCAAGCCAUUCAAUCAUUCUUAGACAGUAAACCACCAAAGGAAUCUUUAGACCCUACCGUUAUUUCGAUCAUAGAAGGGGCUAAGAAAUACAGUGCGGUAGACUGCUUUAGUUUUGAAUACAAAAGACAAGGCAUCUUGCAAAAAGUGAGACGACUUCUCAAAUCCGUCGAUGUCUUGUGUGUGCCCACGUGUCCCUUGAAUCCUACUAUGCAACAAGUCGCGGAUGAGCCAGUCUUAGUCAACUCAAGGCAGGGCACAUGGACUAAUUUUGUCAAUUUGGCAGACUUGGCUGCCCUUGCUGUUCCUGCAGGGUUCCGAGACGAUGGCUUACCAAAUGGUAUUACUUUAAUCGGUAAGAAAUUCACAGAUUACGCGCUGUUAGAGUUGGCUAACCGCUAUUUCCAAAAGAUAUUCCCCAACUAUUCCAGAACCUACGGCACUUUUACUACUUCCUCAGUAAAACCAGCAAACGAUCAAUUGGUCGGUCCAAACUACGACCCAUCCACUUCCAUAAAAUUGGCCGUUGUAGGUGCUCACCUUAAGGAUCUCCCUUUACAUUGGCAAUUGGAAAAGGUCAAUGCAACAUAUUUAUGUACAACAAAGACGUCAAAAACUUACCAACUUUUUGCUUUGCCUAAAAAUGGACCCGUUUUGAAACCCGGGUUGAGAAGAGUUGAUGGUAAUGGGUCUCAAAUAGAAUUGGAAGUUUACAGUGUUCCAAAAGAGCAGUUCGGUACUUUUAUAUCUAUGGUCCCUGAGCCACUAGGAAUAGGUUCGGUGGAGUUGGAAUCUGGUGAAUGGAUCAAAUCUUUUAUUUGUGAGGAGUCCGGUUACAAAGCUGAAGGUACAGUUGACAUUACAAAGUAUGGUGGAUUUAGAGCAUAUUUUGAAGCGUUGAAGGAAAAAGAGUCCCAAAAGAAGAAGUUAUUUGAUACCGUGUUAAUUGCCAAUAGAGGUGAAAUUGCAGUUCGUAUUAUCAAGACAUUGAAAAAAUUGGGUAUUAAAUCGGUUGCAGUUUAUUCUGACCCCGAUAAAUAUUCUCAACAUGUUACUGAUGCAGAUAUUGCUGUGCCCCUUCAUGGCACAACCGCAGCACAAACAUAUCUAGACAUGGAUAAGAUUAUAAACGCCGCUAAGCAAACUAAUGCACAAGCUAUUAUUCCUGGAUAUGGUUUCUUAUCGGAAAAUGCUGAUUUUUCUGACGCAUGCACCAGUGCUGGUAUUACCUUUGUAGGUCCUUCUGGAGAUAUUAUUAGGGGUUUAGGGUUAAAACAUUCUGCUAGACAGAUUGCGCAGAAAGCUGGCGUUCCUUUAGUGCCAGGCUCUUUGCUUAUCACUUCAGUCGAAGAGGCUAAAAAAGUCGCAGCGGAAUUGGAAUACCCAGUAAUGGUGAAGUCAACUGCUGGUGGUGGUGGUAUUGGUUUGCAGAAAGUCGAUUCUGAAGAAGAUAUCGAGCAUAUUUUUGAAACCGUGAAACAUCAAGGUGAAACAUUUUUCGGCGACGCUGGCGUAUUUUUGGAACGAUUUAUCGAAAAUGCCAGACAUGUUGAAGUUCAACUUAUGGGCGAUGGUUUUGGGAAGGCAAUCGCUUUGGGCGAACGUGAUUGUUCUUUACAGCGCCGUAACCAAAAAGUCAUUGAAGAAACUCCUGCUCCAAAUCUACCGGAAAAAACAAGACUGGCUUUGAGAAAGGCAGCUGAAAGCCUGGGAUCUUUAUUGAAUUACAAGUGUGCUGGUACAGUUGAAUUCAUUUACGAUGAAAAAAAGGAUGAAUUUUACUUUUUAGAAGUUAAUACAAGAUUACAAGUUGAGCAUCCAAUCACAGAAAUGGUUACAGGAUUAGACUUAGUCGAGUGGAUGGUUAGAAUUGCCGCUAAUGAUGCACCUGAUUUUGACUCUACAAAGGUUGAAGUUAAUGGCGUUUCAAUGGAGGCUCGUUUAUAUGCUGAAAAUCCAUUAAAAAAUUUCAGGCCUUCUCCAGGUUUACUUGUCGAUGUGGAAUUUCCUGAUUGGGCAAGAGUGGAUACUUGGGUUAAGAAAGGUACUAAUAUAUCUCCCGAAUAUGACCCAACAUUGGCCAAAAUCAUCGUUCAUGGAAAAGAUCGUAAUGACGCAAUUUCUAAAUUAAACCAAGCGUUAGAAGAGACGAAAGUGUACGGAUGUAUUACUAACAUUGACUACCUGAAAUCCAUCAUUACCAGUGAUUUUUUUGCUGAAGCAAGGGUUUCCACGAACAUUUUGAAUUCUUACCAGUAUAACCCAACCGCCAUCGAAAUUACUUUGCCUGGUGCGCACACUAGUAUUCAGGAUUACCCCGGCAGAGUUGGGUACUGGAGAAUUGGCGUUCCUCCCUCUGGUCCAAUGGAUGCAUAUUCGUUUAGAUUGGCUAACAGGAUUGUUGGUAAUGAUUAUAGGACGCCUGCUAUUGAAGUAACCUUGACUGGUCCAUCCAUCGUGUUUCACUGUGAAACUGUCAUUGCUAUUACUGGUGGUACCGCUCUAUGUACAUUAGAUGGCCAAGAAAUUCCUCAACACGAACCAGUUGAUGUUAAGAGAGGAUCUACUUUAUCCAUUGGCAAGUUGACAAGUGGUUGUAGGGCGUACUUAGGUAUCAGGGGCGGUAUUGACGUGCCCAAAUACUUGGGUUCUUAUUCCACUUUCACUCUAGGAAAUGUCGGGGGGUACAAUGGAAGGGUGCUGAAACUUGGAGAUGUACUAUUUUUGCCAAGCAAUGAAGAAAAUAAAUCAAUUGAGUGUCUUCCACAUAAUAUUUCCGAAUCAUUAAUUCCCCAAAUUUCCGAAACUAAGGAGUGGGAAAUUGGUGUGACAUGUGGUCCACACGGGUCCCCAGAUUUCUUUAAACCUGAAUCCAUCGAAGAAUUUUUCAGCGAGAAGUGGAAGGUUCAUUACAAUUCUAAUAGGUUUGGCGUCCGUUUGAUUGGACCUAAACCUAAAUGGGCAAGAAGUAGCGGUGGCGAAGGUGGUAUGCAUCCUUCAAACACUCACGAUUACGUUUAUUCGUUGGGUGCGAUCAAUUUCACGGGUGAUGAGCCGGUUAUUAUUACUUGUGAUGGUCCUUCUUUAGGUGGCUUUGUGUGCCAAGCAGUUGUCCCAGAAGCAGAACUGUGGAAGGUUGGACAGGUUAAACCCGGCGAUUCUAUUCAGUUUGUACCACUCUCUUACGAAAGCUCGAGAUUCUUAAAGGAAUCCCAGGAUGUUGCAAUUAGGUCAUUGGAUGGUACUAAGUUAAGACGAUUGGACUCUGUGUCAAUUUUACCCACCUUCGAAACGCCUAUCCUCGCACAAAUAGAAAAAGUAAGUGAGCUUUCACCAAAAGUUGUAUACAGACAGGCAGGUGAUCGUUAUGUUUUGGUGGAAUAUGGUGAUAAUGAAAUGAACUUUAAUAUUGCCUACAGGAUAGAAUGCCUGAUCUCUCUUGUUAAGAGAAAUGAGACUAUUGGUGUUGUUGAAAUGUCUCAAGGUGUUAGAUCAGUUUUGAUAGAAUUUGAUGGUUACAAAGUCACCCAAAAUGAUUUGCUUGAAGUAUUGGUGGCAUAUGAAACUGAAAUCCAAUUUGACGAAAACUGGAAGAUAACUUCUAAUAUAAUCAGAUUACCGAUGGCUUUUGAAGACUCCAAGACUUUAGCAUGCGUUCAAAGGUACCAGGAAACAAUCCGUUCGUCUGCUCCAUGGUUACCAAAUAACGUUGAUUUCAUUGCCAAUGUAAACGGUAUCUCAAGAAAAGAGGUUUAUGAUAUGUUGUAUUCUGCCAGAUUCAUGGUUUUAGGCUUAGGCGAUGUUUUCCUAGGAUCGCCUUGCGCUGUUCCAUUAGAUCCUCGUCACAGAUUCUUGGGGAGCAAAUACAACCCAAGUAGAACAUACACGGAAAGAGGCGCAGUCGGUAUUGGUGGUAUGUAUAUGUGUAUAUAUGCUGCUAACAGUCCUGGUGGGUACCAAUUAGUAGGUAGAACCAUCCCAAUUUGGGAUAAGUUAUGUCUGGCCGCUUCGUCUGAGGUUCCGUGGUUGAUGAAUCCAUUCGAUCAAGUUGAAUUCUACCCAGUGUCUGAAGAAGAUUUGGAUAAAAUGACUGAAGAUUGUGAUAAUGGUGUUUACAACGUCAACAUUGAAAAGAGUGUUUUUGAUCAUCAAGAAUACAUGAGGUGGGUCAAUGCAAACAAAGAUUCUAUCACAACAUUCCAAGAAGGCCAGCUUGGCGAAAGGGCUGAGGAAUUUGCCAAGUUAAUUCAAAACGCAAACUCUGAACUGAAAGAAAGUACUGCUGUCAAACCUGAUGAAGAAGAAGACUUCCCAGAAGGUGCAGAAAUUGUAUAUUCUGAGUAUUCUGGACGUUUUUGGAAGUCUAUAGCAUCUGUUGGGGAUGUUAUUGAAGCAGGUCAAGGGCUACUAAUUAUCGAAGCCAUGAAGGCGGAAAUGAUUAUCUCUGCUCCUAAAUCGGGUAAGAUUAUAAAGAUUUGCCAUGGUAAUGGUGAUAUGGUGGAUUCUGGUGACAUAGUGGCCGUUAUAGAAACGGUCGCAUGA